AUGGAUUUGAAGUUUACACUCAUCGUACUAGUCAUAACAGCUUCAAUGUUUUCAGUGAGCAUGGCCAAUAAAGACUGGUUCUUUGGCUUCAAUUACACCGGGUGGUCCUCCAGAUUUGGGAGUCAUAACCUGAACAAAACACAGCUACAACCCAGGCAAAUACUCGUAGGUGGUUCCCAGCAUUGGCACUUUGGCUACAACUACACCGAUUGGGCCAUCAAGAAUGCCCCAUUUUACGUCAACGAUACUCUAGUUUUCAAGUAUGAUGCUCCAAACGCCACCACUUUCCCACACAGCGUGUACAUAUUCAAAAAUUUCUGGAGCUUCUUGAAUUGUGACCUUAAAGAGGCUAAGAUGCUGGCGAAUCCAACGCAAGGUGCAGGGGAGGGAUUCAAGUUUGUGCUCAAGAAGUGGCAGCCUCACUACUUCGCAUGUGGCGAGCGAAACGGCUUCCAUUGCAACAAUGGCACUAUGAAGUUUGCUGUGAUGCCAAUGCUUCGUCCCUUCUGGCAAUGGCCAUGA